UCCCCCCUCUCUCUCUCUCUCUCUCUGGUUAAUUGGUACACUGACAUCAGGAUUAUUUGUUACAGUUGAAGGCUCUAUCUCCGACAAUGUGGACAUCAUCCUGGGAUAUAUAUUUUUCUGCGAAUAUUUCCCAGUGACUUUUUUUUUUACACACCAUACCAAGCAAGAGAGCUGUGAGGAGAGAGAGACCCCACCGUCACCCUGAGAGUCUGUCUGUCUGUCUGUCUGUAGAUCAUCUUCCAUGCGUCUACCUGUGUCUCAUUCCCACAUCAACAUGAACUGUGAGCAGGACUUUGAAGAGGGGGGCAUGAACAUCACCCUCACGCUACGGCUCCUCAUGCACGGAAAGGAAGUCGGCAGCAUCAUUGGAAAGAAAGGAGAGACAGUGAAGAGAAUACGAGAAGAGAGCAGCGCCCGUAUCAACAUCUCAGAGGGCUCGUGUCCAGAGAGGAUCAUCACCAUCACAGGACCUACAGACUGUGUCUUCAAAGCCUUCACUAUGAUCACUCUCAAACUGGAAGAGGACCUUUCAACUCUGGUAGCCAAUGGCACGGUCACCAGCAAGCCUCCCGUCACCCUACGAUUGGUCAUUCCUGCCAGCCAAUGUGGCUCUCUCAUCGGGAAGGGCGGCUCCAAGAUCAAGGAGAUCAGAGAGACCACCGGGGCACAAGUACAGGUAGCUGGGGACCUUCUGCCCAACUCCACCGAGAGAGGAGUGACGAUAUCUGGAACCCAAGACGCCGUGAUCCAGUGUGUUAAACUCAUCUGCACUGUCAUUCUCGAGUCACCUCCGAAAGGAGCCACUAUUCCGUAUCGACCCGGCCCCUCCCCGGGAACAGUCAUGAUCGGCGGGAACCAGGUGUUUGAGACUUCUGAAUACGGAUCACAUCCUCUCUUCCAUGUGGCCCAGGGAGGGCUGGAUUUACAACAAAUGUACGCUGUACAGAACCAAUAUGGCAUUCCACAUUCAGAGUUGGCCAAGCUUCACCAGUUGUCGAUGCAGCAGCAAGGCCUGGCCGCCCAAAUGAGCCAGCAGCAAGCCAACUCUGUUAUGCCUGGAAUGGAGUCCAAUUCCCAGACCACAUCACAGGAACUGCUCAUUCCUAAUGACCUCAUCGGCUCCAUCAUCGGGCGUCAGGGAACCAAGAUCAAUGAGAUACGCCAGGCGUCAGGUGCUCAGAUUAAGAUUGGUAGCCAGCUGGACAGCACCAGUGAUAGAGCCGUCAUCAUCACAGGGACCCCCAUCUCUAUCAACCUGGCCCAAUACCUCAUCACCUCCUGUUUAGAGACCGCCAAAUCCACCGCCCAGUCUUCCUCCAUGUCGACCUCUGCUGACCUCACCAUGGCCUACACCCAACCCCCCUCCCCCGCCUCCUCCUCAGCCGCUGCUGCUGCCACCCUGGCUGCCAUGGGCUGCCCCGGCAUGUCCCACCACCACCCCCACGCUGCAGUCCCCAUGAUGGGCAACCCCUACGGGGCCCUCCCCCUCUCCAGCCUCCUCGGAAUGCAAUCCAUGAAAUCCCUCCAAUCCAUGCCCUACCUGGCUUUAUCCAACCCUGCCGCCAAUGCAGCCGCCGCCCAGGCCCAGGCUCAGGCCCAGGCUCAGGCCCAGAUCUAUACGGCGAAGAUUUCGUCCGCCAAUGGGAUCGGGAAGAAACCAGAGAGACAGAAGUUUGCGCCGUACUGAUGACGUCCGUCUCCAUCCUUCCAUCACUCUCACCUCCUCCGUCCACGAGACAAGAAAGAAAGGGGGAAAGAAUGGAGGGAAGGAAAUAGCAGGGUUUUUUGUUCUCCUCCAUUCUCUCUCUUCUUGCCUGAUGGUUGUAGUUGUAGUUGGACAUUUUCGAUUGAUUUUAUUUUGUAGGCUUUUUUGUCCCCCCUUUAUAUAGUGAACCACUAGGAGGAACGUUUGAUUGGCUCGUGUAGAUAGCUAUAUUUAUGUUGUCAGGUCUUGGAAACCUAUCAAGCCAUAGUCUGUGUCCCAAUGGCAACCUAAUUCCUUUACGGUGCACUACUUUAGUCCAGGUUCAGGUUGAAAGUAGUGCGCUAUAUAGGGAUUAGGAUGGUAUUUGGGAUGCACACAUAGACUAUUCCUAACUUCCAUUUUUAUCUUCUUCUAACCUUCCUUUCGUUCUACUGUACUGCUGUUAUUGAUGAUUGAUUAAUUAUUGAUUUAUUAUUGAUAAUAAUGAAAUAUUCCCACUAAGAGUUUAUAAAUUAAAACACUGGUGAGUGAUGCUCAACUGUACGUGCGUAUGAGCUUUUUAUACAGUACAUGAUGUCUGUUUAGGUUUCUUCCUGUGUUCAACUCCUCGAUUUUUUUGAAGAACGAUGUAAAAAAAAAAAAAAAAAAAAGUUUUUAAAAAUGACUAGACCAAAAAAAAAUCUAACCUCUCGUUUUGCGUUAAUUUUUUUGGUAAAAUUUUAUUUGAAAUGUGUUGUUUAAUUUAUUUUAUUUAUUAUGCCGAGUAUUACUUUUCCGAUAAAAUGUUAGAUUUACUACUGCUAAGACUACGAGUUAUUCCAUCCUGUCUUGAAUUUUAACUCUAACAUGGUGACCAGACUGCUCACGACCGCCACUCUAACCUGGUGACCAGACUGCUCGCGUGGGCCACUCUAACAUGGUGACCAGACUGCUCGCGACCGCCACUCUAACCUGGUGACCAGACUGCUCGCGACCGCCACUCUAACAAGGUGACCAGACUGCUCGCGACCGCCACUCUAACCUGGUGACCAGACUGCUCGCGACCGCCACUCUAACAUGGUGACCAGACUGCUCGCGACCGCCACUCUAGCAUGGUGACCAGACUGCUCGCGUGGGCCACUUUAACAUGGUGACCAGACUGCUCACGAGGGCCACUCUAGCAUGGUGACCAGACUGCUCGCGACCGCCACUCUAGCAUGGUGACCAGACUGCUCGCGUGGGCCACUCUAGCAUGGUGACCAGACUGCUCACGAGGGCCACUCUAACAUGGUGACCAGACUGCUCGCGACCGCCACUCUAAACUGGUGACCAGACUGCUCGCGACCGCCACUCUAACAUGGUGACCAGACUGCUCGCAUGGGCCACUCUAGCAUGGUGACCAGACUGCUCGCGUGGACCACUUUAACAUGGUGACCAGACUGCUCACGAGGGCCACUCUAACAUGGUGACCAGACUGCUCGCGACCGCCACUCUAACAUGGUGACCAGACUGCUCGCGAGCGCCACUCUAACAUGGUGACCAGACUGCUCGCGACCGCCACUCUAACAUGGUGACCAGACUGCUCGUGUGGGCCACUCUAACAUGGUGACCAGACUGCUCGCGUGGGCCACUCUAACAUGGUGACCAGACUGCUCGCGAGCGCCACUCUAACAUGGUGACCAGACUGCUCGCGUGGGCCACUCUAACAUGGUGACCAGACUGCUCGCGUGGGCUACUCUAACAUGGUGACCAGACUGCUCACGAGGGCCACUCUAACAUGGUGACCAGACUGCUCGCGACCGCCACUCUAACAUGGUGACCAGACUGCUCGCGAGCGCCACUCUAACCUGGUGACCAGACUGCUCGCGUGGGCCACUCUAACAUGGUGACCAGACUGCUCGCGACCGCCACUCUAACCUGGUGACCAGACUGCUCGCGACCGCCACUCUAACAAGGUGACCAGACUGCUCGCGACCGCCACUCUAACCUGGUGACCAGACUGCUCGCAUGGGCCACUCUAACAUGGUGACCAGACUGCUCGCGAGCGCCACUCUAACAUGGUGACCAGACUGCUCGCGUGUGCCACUCUAACAUGGUGACCAGACUGCUCGCGUGGGCCACUCUAACAUGGUGACCAGACUGCUCGCGAGCGCCACUCUAACAUGGUGACCAGACUGCUCGCGUGGGCCACUCUAGCAUGGUGACCAGACUGCUCACGAGGGCCACUCUAACAUGGUGACCAGACUGCUCGCGACCGCCACUCUAACAUGGUGACCAGACUGCUCGCGUGGGCCACUCUAACAUGGUGACCAGACUGCUCGCGAGCGCCACUCUAACAUGGUGACCAGACUGCUCGCGACCGCCACUCUAACAUGGUGACCAGACUGCUCACGUGGGCCACUCUAACAUGGUGACCAGACUGCUCGCGACCGCCACUCUAACAUGGUGACCAGACUGCUCGCGACCGCCACUCUAAACUGGUGACCAGACUGCUCGCGACCGCCACUCUAACCUAGUGACCAGACUGCUCGCGACCGCCACUCUAACCUGGUGACCAGACUGCUCGCGACCGCCACUCUAACCUGGUGACCAGACUGCUCGCGACCGCCACUCUAACCUAGUGACCAGACUGCUCGCGACCGCCACUCUAACCUGGUGACCAGACUGCUCGCGACCGCCACUCUAACCUGGUGACCAGACUGCUCGCGACCGCCACUCUAACCUGGUGACCAGACUGCUCGCGAGCGCCACUCUAACCUGGUGACCAGACUGCUCGCGAGCGCCACUCUAGCAUGGUGACCAGACUGCUCACGAGGGCCACUCUAACAUGGUGACCAGACUGCUCGCGACCGCCACUCUAACAUGGUGACCAGACUGCUCGCGUGGGCCACUCUAACAUGGUGACCAGACUGCUCGCGAGCGCCACUCUAACAUGGUGACCAGACUGCUCGCGACCGCCACUCUAACAUGGUGACCAGACUGCUCACGUGGGCCACUCUAACAUGGUGACCAGACUGCUCGCGACCGCCACUCUAACAUGGUGACCAGACUGCUCGCGACCGCCACUCUAAACUGGUGACCAGACUGCUCGCGACCGCCACUCUAACCUAGUGACCAGACUGCUCACGACCGCCACUCUAACCUGGUGACCAGACUGCUCGCGACCGCCACUCUAACCUGGUGACCAGACUGCUCGCGACCGCCACUCUAACCUAGUGACCAGACUGCUCGCGACCGCCACUCUAACCUAGUGACCAGACUGCUCGCGACCGCCACUCUAACCUGGUGACCAGACUGCUCGCGACCGCCACUCUAACCUGGUGACCAGACUGCUCGCGACCGCCACUCUAACCUAGUGACCAGACUGCUUGCGACCGCCACUCUAACCUGGUGACCAGACUGCUCGCGACCGCCACUCUAACCUGGUGACCAGACUGCUCGCGAGCGCCACUCUAACCUGGUGACCAGACUGCUCGCGACCGCCACUCUAGCAUGGUGACCAGACUGCUCACGAGGGCCACUCUAACAUGGUGACCAGACUGCUCGCGACCGCCACUCUAACAUGGUGACCAGACUGCUCGCGUGGGCCACUCUAACAUGGUGACCAGACUGCUCGCGAGCGCCACUCUAACAUGGUGACCAGACUGCUCGCGACCGCCACUCUAACAUGGUGACCAGACUGCUCACGUGGGCCACUCUAACAUGGUGACCAGACUGCUCGCGACCGCCACUCUAACAUGGUGACCAGACUGCUCGCGACCGCCACUCUAAACUGGUGACCAGACUGCUCGCGACCGCCACUCUAACCUAGUGACCAGACUGCUCGCGACCGCCACUCUAACCUGGUGACCAGACUGCUCGCGACCGCCACUCUAACCUGGUGACCAGACUGCUCGCGACCGCCACUCUAACCUAGUGACCAGACUGCUCGCGACCGCCACUCUAACCUGGUGACCAGACUGCUCGCGACCGCCACUCUAACCUGGUGACCAGACUGCUCGCGACCGCCACUCUAACCUGGUGACCAGACUGCUCGCGUGGGCCACUCUAACCUGGUGACCAGACUGCUCGCGAGCGCCACUCUAACCUGGUGACCAGACUGCUCGCGACCGCCACUCUAACCUGGUGACCAGACUGCUUACGACCGCCACUCUAACCUGGUGACCAGACUGCUCGCGACCGCCACUCUAACCUGGUGACCAGACUGCUCGCGAGCGCCACUCUAACCUGGUGACCAGACUGCUCGCGACCUCCACUCUAACCUGGUGACCAGACUGCUCGCGACCGCCACUCUAACCUGGUGACCAGACUGCUUGCGAGCGCCACUCUAACAUGGUAUUUCCUCCUGUCUCUCACCACAGAAGUGGUAUCUUCUACUAAAGCAAGUUUUUUUGUUUAUCAACAUUAUGUUUUUGUGGAUUAGAGAAAUUGUGUUUUCACAUCUGAUAUGUCAAUAUUAUUAAACAUUUAACACGAUAAAA